AGGCGAGCCGAGGUCGCCGCCGCUUCGGCCUCCCGGUUCCUCUCGGCCGCCGCCUUCCCUUCUCGCUGUCCUCUUCGGCCCCAGGCCACCUCCUGCAGCCGCGCUCCAGCACCGGGCACCCGCGUCCGCGCGGGACAGUCCCCGCGCUCUCCCYGGGUCCACCCCUCGGCCGUGCUGAUUGGGCAGGCGGGGUCUCCGCCCGGCGGAAAGUUUUCGGUGCCUGGAGGAAGUUGAACCUUGGAAACUCCGAGCAAGCGACUCCGGUGGUGGCCUCSGGGGACUCGUGGUCAUGGAGGAGCCCCCGGUGCGAGAGGAGGAGGAAGGGGACGGAGAGAUGGAUGAAGCCGGGCCCGAGGGCGCCCUGGGCAAGAGCCCUUUCCAGCUGACCACGGAGGACGUGUACGACAUCUCCUACGUGGUGGGCCGCGAGCUGAUGGCCUUGGGCAGCGACCCUCGGGUGACCCAGCUGCAGUUCAAGAUUGUCCGCGUGCUAGAGAUGCUGGAGGCGCUGGUGGAUCAGGGCAGCCUGGCCGCGGAGGAGCUGAGGAUGGAGAGGGACAACCUCAGGCAGGAGGUGGAGGGGCUGCGGAGACGGGGCCCGCCGGCCCAAGGGGAGGUGAACCUGGGACCGGACAAAAUGGUGGUUGACUUGACGGAUCCCAACCGGCCACGCUUCACCCUGCAGGAGCUGCGGGACGUGCUGCAGGAGCGCAACAAGCUCAAGUCCCAGCUGAUAGUGGUGCAGGAAGAGCUGCAGGGCUACAAGAGUGGCCUGAUUGCACCAAGAGAAGGCCCAGGGGGAAGAAGAAGAAACGAUACUGUGGUUACCAGAGCCUGCAAUGCCAACAGUGACAAGGAGGAGAAGACAAUCAUGAAGAAGCUGUUCUCCUUCCGGUCUGGGAAGCCGACCUAGAUCCAAGCCGUGACCUCUGACCUCAGACUUGACCUCAGCAAGAUGCCCUCCAGACCGUCUCCCUCCGCGUCCAAACUGUUUUUGCUCUUUUGCUUCCGAGGAAGGAGCGGAGGUUGUCGCAGGCUCAYCUUCUCACGGCCACAGAACUGGACACCCUGGAACUUCUGGCCAGGGUCGGCGACGGGGCCCCAAGAAAUCCAGAAAGCAGAAGGAGUGUGAGAUAGAGCCACCUUCUGCCUCUAGGGCCGGGAGAGGCCUCCAGUGUGCGGACACCUCCGGUCCCACCAAUGCCCCAGGCCUUUGAAGGUGGCAAGGUGGGGGAGAGAGGAGCAGCACGUGGUACUGACUUCCCAGUGCCCUCUUCACUGGCACUUGGCGAAUAUUCGAUUUAGCUCCUGUGACUUC